ACCAGACAGAUCUCCACCAAUUCACUAUGCUGAAUCAUCAAUGAAGAAUGGUUUUGGAUUAAAAUAUAUUCACACCUUUUUGAACUUUCCAUUUCUCUUGCUCCAGAGAGAAGCUCUUCUUCAACAGCUGCAAGUCAAUGCCAUGGACAUGGAGUCCACCCUAGAAGAACUCCAGCUAUACAAACAGACCGAGGAGCAAGACUAUUACAAAUAUAUCGAUUAUCUAGAAAAUAAACAAAAAGAACGAGAGAACAAGUUGAAAGCGGAAGCAGAGGCUCGUGCAGCAGCUGAGAAUGAGGCCAAUGGCAGUAAGGAGAAUCUGUCAUCAUCUCCUACAUCGCCACCCCAAACUAACAAAG